AUGCCUAGUAAGACCUUAAUUGGCUCCUUCAGGUGUUUAAUUAUGAAUAAGACAGAUCUGCAGAUUCAUUUCUCUUCUCUCCCGAACCUUGCAGCAGAGAUGAUGAUCAGUGGAUUUCCACUGGAGCUGAUGGAUGGAGAUGCUGCUCAUGUUCCUCUGAUCUGGAUUUCUGCUGUUCUAAAUAAACUCAUACAGAAACUGGGAGACCAGAGAGUCUUUGUGCUGUCAGUUUUAGGACUUCAGAGCUCUGGGAAAUCCACCAUGUUGAAUGCCAUGUUUGGACUUCAGUUUGCAGUCAGUGCUGGCCGAUGUACCAGAGGAGCUUUCAUGCAGCUGAUCAGAGUAUCAGAGGAGAUGAAAGAUAAAAUGAAGUUUGACUUUAUUCUGGUUGUUGAUACUGAAGGUCUUCGGGCUCUAGAAUUUGAUGGAAGAUCCACAAGACAUCAUGACAAUGAACUGGCCACAUUUGUUGUUGGUCUUGGUAAUCUGACAUUGAUCAACAUCUUUGGAGAAAACCCAGCUGAGAUGCAGGAUAUUCUUCAGAUUGUUGUUCAGGCCUUUCUGAGGAUGAAGAAGGUCAAUCUGAAUCCCAGCUGCAUGUUUGUACAUCAGAACGUUUCAGACGUCACGGCUGGAGAGAAAAACAUGGAGGGAAGGAGACAACUGCAGGAGAAACUGGAUGAGAUGACAAAACUCGCUGCUGAAGAUGAAGUCGACAAUGCUGAAUGUUUCAGUGAUGUCAUUAAUUUUGAUGUACGUAAUGAUGUAAAGUAUUUUGCUCAGCUGUGGGAGGGAAGCCCACCAAUGGCACCACCAAACCCAAACUACUGUGAGAAUAUUCAAGAACUAAAGACAACUAUAAAUUCACAAGCCUCAAAAUCAAGUGGAAUGAAGCUGAAACACCUGAAAAACCAUAUUCAUGAUCUCUGGGAGGGUUUACUGAAUGAACGCUUUGUGUUCAGCUUUCAAAAUUCUCUGGAGAUAUCAGUAUACAGGAGACUGGAGACAGAAUACAGCAAGUGGACCUGGACUCUACGCAGUGCCAUGAUGGAAAUUGAGAAAAAACUACACAACCAAAUAGAAAAUGAACUAAUUUAUGAGAUUGAGGAAAUUGAACUUCAGAGGGAACUAAAGGAGAAAAGUGAAGAAGUGAAAAAUUUGAUGUCCAAUUUCUUUGACAAAGACCCAGAUGCUGAUAUACUGAUUCAGUGGAAAACAUCAUUUGAAAUAAAAAUCAAAGAUGUUCAAGAAAGCAUUGUGAGAGAAACAAAGAGGAAAUUAAAUGAAAUUCUUCAGCAGCGAGACCUGAAGAGAAAGAUUGAUGCUCAGAGGACACAACAUGAAAACACUCUCUUAGAAAAGAGUAAAGAACUUGCAUUAAAACUCAAAGACAAAACAAAUGAUGACGAAAUACUGAAAAGAGAGUUUGAUUUGUUCUGGGAAGAGUGUGUGAAGAAUAUUACAACAGAUACUACUCCAAUUAAAGACAUUAACAUACUAAAAGAUGUGAGAACACUCCUCAGUGAUAUCUAUGAAAGUCUCAAUGUAGACCAAUGGAAGGACAGUGAUAUUUUUACUUUGCAAAAUUAUUUGGGUUAUGUACAGGAAAAGAAAUCCAGGGGCUUAACAGAAUCCGGAAAAAAACAAAUUUCAGGUACACUUUCUCAUCAAACUGAAAGCAAAAUAAAAGCUUUAGUUAAUGACAUUGUUCAGGAGACAGACAAAAUUAUUCAGUCAUUUAAAAUUUCAAAGCUGGGCUACAACAACAGCUGCAUUCAACAGCUAACAGAUUACAUCAAGUCAAGAAUAACAGAAUAUGAGGAACAGUCAGAGAAGAAGUAUCUGUUUAAGAAGGAAUUCUUCAUGGAUUUGGUAUUUUCUAUAUUUAAGAAAGCAAACACGACAUUUACUGAACAACACAGAAAGUUCAGAGAAGACAAUGAUCCUGUUCUCUAUCUGGAGAUGAAGAAAGAUGAAUACUAUAGAAUUUUCCAGAAAUACUGUCAAGGAGCAACAUCAGCUGUUAUUUUUGGUGAGAUCAUUUGUCAGAAACUGAAGAGACCCAUUGAACAGAGUGUCUAUAAACAGACUGCCAGAGAUUUAGCAAAUGAAAUCAGAUCAAACUGCCCAUCACUGAAUGGAAACAGAUCAAAUCUGGAGAAACACAUCUUGAAAAAAAUAACAGAAGAGGAAAACCUUAACAAAAACAUGAAUUACAUUGAUAAUCCCAAAGAUCACUUCAACAGUUUCAUCAAAGAUGAAGUCCAUCAGUACAUCAGAAAUAACUUCAGUCUCAGUGUUCAACCCAGGAUGAAUCAGAACAUUGAAGUCCUGCAGCAGAAGAUCCUGACAGCAGCUAAUGAAUCUACUAAAGAUGUUCAAGUGAAGAGUGAAGAUGUUGACUUGUGGUUGAAGUUUUUUACACAGAAGCUCUCAGAUGAUCUGAUAUUCUCUAUGAAGGACUUCAGUGGAGUCAAACAUGAUGAUGUUGAUGAUUUCAAACUCUUAGAAGAUGUGAUUAGAACAGAACUUACAUCUAUAAUAUCUGACAUCAGCAGAGAGUUCAGCACAGAUACAUUUGAUAAUAUACUGGAAGCCAACAACAGACCAGAUCAGAUUCUGAUUGAUCAUUUCUGUCGGUGCUGUUGGGUUCAGUGUCCAUUCUGUGCAGCGAUCUGCACCAACACAAUAGAAGACCAUGAUGGAGAUCACAGUGUUCCUUUCCAUAGAGUAAUUGGAAUCAAUGGGUGGAGAUACAGGGGCACCAGAAAUCUGUCUACUAACAUAUGCACAACAUUAGUAGCAAGCAACAGUGCAGCUUUUUAUCCAGAUUCCACAGACAUUUCAUUCCUCUAUAGAGAAUACAGGAAAGCUGGAGGAGUUUAUUCAAAGUGGAGCAUCACCCCCGACCACUCUGAGCUUCCUUACUGGAAAUGGUUUGUGUGCAGAUUUCAAAAAGACCUUGAAGAGUAUUAUGAAAUAACAUUUCAGAAGAGGGGAAAGAUUCCACGUGAAUGGAGACAAAUCACCAAACAGGAAGCUGUUGAUAGUUUAGAUAAAUACAUCUAG